GGAUGUAGAAUGGCUUUCUAUAAGGAUGUAUCUGUCAGGAAGACUUCUUUAAAUCUGGUGACAGGAUUCUUUCAGUAUCUGCGAGAUGAGCAAGAAGCAGUGCAGAAGCGAACCUUUACAAAAUGGAUCAAUUCUCAUCUAGCAAAGCAUAAACCACCCCUUGAGGUCAAUGACCUUUUUGAGGACAUCAAAGAUGGGCUGAAGCUCCUGGCCCUGCUGGAGGUGUUGUCUGGUCAAAGACUUCCCUGUGAGCAAGGCCGCCAGCUGAAGAGGAUCCACUGGGUUUCCAACAUCGGCACAGCACUCAAAUUCCUCGAAGGCAGAAAGUCUGUGUAUCGAGGAUCUCCGAUCAAACUUGUCAACAUUCAUGCCACUGAUAUCGCUGACGGCCGACCGUCAAUCGUUCUUGGGCUUAUAUGGACCAUUAUCCUGUAUUUUCAGAUUGAAGAGUUAACCAGCAACCUGCCAGCCCUGCAGGCGUUGUCCAACAGCAACUCUUCUGUGGAGAGUUUAACCAGCUCAGAAGCAGGAAGCCCCCCCAUGAAGAGGAAGGUGGUUACCAGAUUUCAAGGCAAUGCCAAGAAGGCUUUGCUCAGAUGGGUGCAGUGCACAGCAGCCAAGCAUUUCGGAAUUGAGGUGAAGGACUUUGGGCCCAGCUGGCGCGAUGGUGUUGCGUUUCAAGCAGUGGUGCACGCCAUCAGACCCGACCUGGUGGACAUGGAAGUGGUGCGGCAGAGAAACAACAGGGACAAUUUAGAAGAUGCCUUCACACUUGCAGAAAAUGAGUUGGGCAUUCCCCGUUUGCUGGAUCCAGAAGAUGUGGAUGUGGACAAGCCUGAUGAGAAGUCCAUCAUGACAUACGUGGCUCAGUUUCUCAAACAUUACCCAAACCCCCACCAGUCUGAGGGGGGUGGACAUCAAGAUGAGCUGCUUCUUGGCUCUAUUCCAACUUUUGCAUUGUCAGUUCCAGUGCUUCAGAGAGAGGAGCGGAAGAUGCUUCGAGAGCUGAAGGUGUUUUUAGAUCAGCUGGAGAGAGAUCUGCUGCGAGCCCAGGCAGCCGAGGGAAGCCUCGCAGACAAAUACCAGGUCUUCAAAAGCUUCCACGUUCAGUACGAGAUGAAGAAGAAGCAGACGGAUCCUCUGCUGCAGCCGAUCCAUAAGGACAGCAAGCUUUCAGUGGACCAAGCUGUGGUCAAGCAGGCCUGGGACCGCCUGUCUGCCAGGCUGCUGGACUGGCACAUCCAUCUGGACAAGUCUCUGCCUGGCCCCCUGGGAGUGAUCGGAGCCUGGCUUCACCGAGCAGAGAUGGCUCUGAGGGAGGACAUCCCCCUCCACCUUGUUCAUGAAGAAACAGCCAAUGUCCUCCACAGAAAACUAGAGCAGCACAAGGAGGUAUUAAAAAGCGUGGUAUCACACAGGCAGACUUUUGUUCAGAUCCACAAGGACAGAUCGGUCAACGGGGUACCUGUUCCACCAGAACAGCUCCAGGACAUGGCAGAACGGUUCAACUUCGUGUCUACGUCGUCACACUCUCACUUGAUAAAGCUGGAAUUCUGGGAAAUGAAGUACCGCUUGAUGGCAUUUCUUGGUCUGGCUGAGUCGAAGCUCAAGUCCUGGAUCAUAAAAUAUGGCCGACGAGAUUCGGUUGAACUCCUGUUGCAAAGCUACCUUACUUUUACUGAAGGCCACAGAUUCUUUGAGCAGUAUGAGAUCAUCUUCACGGCCCUCAAACAAGCUGCAGAGGUUUAUGUGAAAUCUGACAGUUCAAUUGAUGAAGCAGAAGGCGUGAGCAAAUUCCUCAAUGAAACGACAGUUCAGUGGAAGAACCUGGCUUUGGAGGUCCGAAGCGUUCGCAGCAUGCUGGAAGAGGUGAUUUGUAACUGGGAGAAAUACAGCAGCACCGUGGCCGCCCUGCAGGCUUGGUUGGAAGACGCUGAGCAAAUGGUCAACCAAUCAGAGAAUGCCAAACGAGACUUUUUCAGAAACUUUGCUCACUGGAUCCAGCAGCACAUGGACAUGAACGAUGCUGGCAAUUUUCUCAUUGAGACGUGUGAUGAGAUGGUCUCACGCGAUCUAAAGCAGCAGCUUUUGCUGCUGAAUGGGAGAUGGAGGGAGCUGUUUGUCAAAGUCAAACAUUAUGCAAGAGCAGAUGAAGUCGAUAAGUUGAGGCAGGACUAUCAUGAUGGGAUUAAUACCUUGAAAAUAUUCAUGGAUGCAACAAAUGAGAAGAUGACUGCUCCUGUUCAAGUGUCUUUCCUGAACGUCAGAACUUUUGUUCAAGACGUUGAGGAAAUCAAACACAAAGUGCCAGCAAUGGAAGCAGCCUGCAAGGCUGCGAGCCGUACGGCUCAGCUGUUGACCAAAGACACUCCUCAAGAGGAGAUCUCACAGAUGAUGACUGUGAUGGCUUCAAUCAAAGAGCAGCUGAGUAAGGUUAGGGACAGAUGUUUGCCUCUGCUGAGGGAGUCUCAGUCCCUCUUACCACCACUGGAGGAAAUGGAGAAGAACAUCACGGGCUUCUACCAAGCUCUGGAGAAGGCUAGUCAUAUCACCAGCAGCACAGACUCUGAGGGACCAGUAGACUUUAAACAGAAAUGCCAGGAGCUUGCAACCUGCACACACAGCUGUAAGAAGUGCCUGACUGUCAUAGAGAGGAACCAUCAGAGCAUCCAAAAAAUCAUGAGCGCCAGUAAUACCCUCCAACACAUGGACAUGAGUCUGCUGCAGAAACGAGUGGCGGAUCUGCAGAGCUCGUCUCAGAAUAUGAUUAAGGAAUCAACAGAGUGGCGGAAGCACGUGGAGGCGAACAGCAGCCUCAUGAAGAGAUUUGAUGAGUCACGACUAGAGCUAGAGAAGAUACUUAAAACGGCACAGGACUGUCUGACUGAAAGAGGAAACCCGGAGGAGCUGAUUAAGAAACACACAGAAUUCUUUGGACAGCUGGACCAGCGGGCUCUAAAUACAUUCCUCAAGGCUUGUGAUGAGCUGACAGACAUUUUGCCUGAACAGGAGCAGCAGUCACUGCAGGAAACCGUUAGGAAGCUGCAUAAGCACUGGAAGGAUAUACAGACAGAUUCCCCCUUUCACCUUCUGCACCUGAAGGUGGAGGUGGAGAGGAACAAGCUAAUGGCAUCACUGCAGGAGUGCCAGGCAGAGCUGACCAGGGAAAACCGCCACCUAACGAGCAUGGGGAGCGAGAGGCUCAUCAAAGAGCACAGGGCCUUUUUUAGGGAGAAAGGACCCCAGUCCAUAUGUGAGAAAAGGCUGCAGGUAAUAGAAGAACUAUGUCAAAAACUCCCCGAGAGUGACCCUGCUCACCAAAUACUGGAAACCGUGAGAAAGGACUUGGAUGAGGUCCGAGAGGAAAUCGAGAACACUCAUCAGAAACUAAUGCAGCACCCAGACAAAUGGAAGGAGUACAAUGCAAGAUAUGCUGAACUUUCCUGUUGGCUUAUAUCUAAAGAAAGUCAACUGAGGCUGCUGAGAAAUCGAGCUAGUGAUCCCAGAAAAUAUGGCCAGGUGAAGUCUACCAUCAUGGAGCUGAGAAAUGACGCAGAGCUACAAGAGGGGAACCUGGGCUGGCUGAAAGCUCGUAUGGCUGUGCUGAUUGAAAUCUGUGCUGACAGCGAUGCCCAGAGGCAGGGCAGCACACUGAGCAAGCUUUCCACUGACUUUAAAGGUCUUCUUACUUCUCUCUUAGAGGCUGAAAAGAUGGUCCUGGCUGUGGGAGACUGUGUACAGUUCAGAGAGGAGGUACAGAGUACUCUGGAGGACCUGGUUCAGGUGCAGAAAGAGGCACAGGCCGAAGCGACCAAAAUACUGGAUUGUUCAACUGCCAGAGAAGCCCAACAACUGCUCCUUGUUCACCAGCAACAGCUAAAGCGCCUGAAGUUGAAGAGGAAGGAAGUCCAGCAUCUGGUCACCAGAGGUCAGCAGCUGCAGGCGGAGGAGGGACUGGGAGAAACCCUGCAGCAGGAUCUGCACAGUUUGGAGAACACACUCAGUAAAAUGGAACAGAAUAUGGACUCACAAGAGAAAAACCUCGAGGUCACGCUGGCAGCCUGGCAGGAGUUUGACAGCCAACAGGAAGCGGUACGCGAGUUUGUCAACAAAGCUCGCUCGACAACUGGCAGAGACCUGAACUUCAGCAGUCCAGAGAGCCUGGCAGUCGAACUGGAUCAGGCAGGGGUGCUGUUGACGCAGUGUGAAGCUGAGGCCUUACAUAUGAACACGUUACUGAAGAGGGCAACAGAAAUCCAGCUUGGUCCAAGAAACAAGACUCUGCUUUCACAACAAGCUCGUUCCCUCAGUGAACAAGUUCAGAAAGCCCAGACUGACCUGAAGGAAGAAGUGAAGAAUCUGGAAGGAAUGAAAAGUCAGUGGGAUCGAUUUGGAGCUGGAUUUGAAGCAUUUUCCUCAUGGAUAUCUGAAAAGGAAAAAGAAGUGGAUGUGAUAAAAUCUUCCUCUUUGCCUCUUGAGGAGCAGCUCAAAGGAGUAAAGACUGUUGGGACCGAGGUUCAAGAUCGAGCUGAGCUUCUUUCUCAACUGGAAACAGACUCCCAGGCGUUGGCCCAGUUUGUGUCUUCAGGGGAGGCGGCUCGCAUCAAGGCCCGUCUGACCCAAAUCGGCAGGUACUGGGAAGAUCUGAAGGAGAGUGUCCAGCAGCUUGAUGGUCAGCUGGAGGAGAGCUCCUCUCACCAGCAGAAGUUCAAACAGAGCCUUGAAGAGGCUCGAGCUUCUCUCUGUGUGCUUCACACAAAACUGAAGAACCCCGUUAAAUCCUGCUCUUCUUCAUCAGAGACCUACAAAGCCCUUCAAACACACACGGACGUCUGUCAGGGCCUGGAGCAGCUGAAGGGAACCUUGUUGUUGCUCUCUUCGGCUGCUCGACGGCUCAGUGCCAAGGAGGAGGCAGUGAGGACCGUCACGCAGCUCAACACCAGCUAUGAACUGGACCUACAGGAAGCAAAGGACAAACAGAGCGCUCUGGAGAACCUGCUUUCACUCUGGCAAAAGUAUGAGAAACAGCUCUCGAACUUCACGGCCUGUCUGGAGAGAAGUGAGUCAGCAUCCAAAUCAGAGAGUCCGUCUUUGUCAGCGGACAAAGCCAAGCUGCACGCUGAGCUGCAGGAGCUGCAGGCCCUGCAGCUUGAGGAGCAGGGCCUUGAGAGGGCUCAUGCUGACUUGGUGUCUUUGGGCACUUUACUUCAUCCCACUGCGCCUGAAGAGAGAGUGAUUCAGCUAAAAGAUGAACUUUGGACUCUACAGAAGAGACUGACUGUUCAACAAGAAGUCAUCCCUCAAAGAAUCGCAGAGCUUCAGAGCAGAGUUUUGUUGGUAGAGCAGUUUGACGAGGCUCUUCUGAAGUUCUCAGAGUGGAGCGAGUCCACGCUCUCAAAUCUGCAUUCAUCUUCUCAGGUCAACAUAAAGAACCUGCAGCACUCUGCUGCACACGUAAAGGAGACCCAGGUGGCUCUGCAGCUGCAGUCCAGCAUGAAGCAGAGCCUGGAACAGCAGACCAAGAAGCUCUGUGAGAUCUGUGAGUCUGCUGAUGCACAGCUGGUCCACAGCCGAGUGGAAAGCUGCCUGCAGCCGUAUGUGGAGGCCCAGCACUUAGCCGAGCUUCAGUCAGAGUGCCUUGAAAGGCUGGAGGCCUUUUUGCAGACCCAUGGUGUGGCAGCAGGAGUGUUGCGGGGUCUGAAACAGACCGUGGAAAGUGCUGGGAGCUGGGAUCGAGGAAGGGUGGAAGAGCUGCAGCAAGAACUCGCCACCAUUGUUCCAGACAUAAGUCAGCUGGAGACCGUCGCUGUGAAUCUGGACAGCAGCCUUUGCAAAGGUCAUCUCCACAUUGGUACUGAAGAUGGUUCUCAUACAUCGUGUCGCCUGCUCGCUGAUUCCCUCAGCGCUGAGCUGGACGCAGUGAGGAACGUGCUGGGUUCCAAGCAAAGUGAAGCCGAAGCCCUAGGUGUUCUCUGGACUUCAUUUAGGCAACGAAAGGAACAGCUGCUCAAAGCAGUGGAGGACAUCGAGGAAAAAGCUGACCACCAGACCCUGAAAGAGCCCAGCCUGCAUGGUCUACAGCAACGACUCCGGUUCUUUAAUCAGUUGGAGGACGAGCUGCAGUCCCACCAGCACGAAGAGCAGUGGCUGAGGGAGAAGGGCAACCAGCUGGCUCACAAAGAUGCAGAGUUGGCUGGAGAAGUGUUGAGAGAGAUUGGCUUGUUGGAGACAACAUGGGAGGACACCAAGAGGCUCAUUACAGAGAAACAGGAACAGUGCAGUGUUCUUGUUGAGCUCAUGAAAGAAUAUCAAGUCCUGAAAACUACAAUCAGCAGCGUUACUGAGAGCGCUAAACCUCUGCUGGAGAUAAGUUCUGUCCUGAAGGACCACGAGGAAACCAAGAGGACCCUGACUAAGCAUGAAGCAAUGAAAGGAGAGAUUGUUUGCAAGCAACGUGAAUUAGAUCAGUUUUCUGCCAAAGGAAAGCAUCUGCUGAUCGAACUGAAGAAGGUCCCAGAGUGUAACAGCGACAUCAUCAAAAAGGAUUUGGAAACAAUUGUUGAUCAGUGGUUAGAUAUGUCUGAGCGAAUAGAUGACAACACUGAUCACCUGCAUCAGAGUUUGGGGCUGUGGGAUGAUGUGCGGAAAGUAAAUGAAGACAUUGAAAGUUGGACGAGCAGCUGCGUGAUUGAACUCAACGAACGUCUGAGCAACUUCAACAACAGUCAGAACGUGUCAGUAAGGCUCUCAGCGCUGCAGGCAGAAAUUGGUGAGAAGAAGCAGCAACUUGAGCUCCUGCAAAGCAAAGUGUCAGAACUGAAGAAGUGCAGUCAAAGUCACGAGACUCCAGCUAAAUUACAGGUGUUGGAGAAUGACCUGCAGAAGAAGAUCAACACUGUCCAGACACUUCAUGAACAAGUUAAAAGAAACCUCGCUGACUUCAGCUCCCAACGCAAACAGCUUGAAGACUACAUCUCACAGAUGUCUGUUUGGCUAAAGAGCAUGGAAGAUUCGUUGGUGUCUUCUCCAGCAGAAUCCGAUCCUGAGGACAUCUGCAGAGUAAAGGACCUUCAAAAAGAUCUGCAAAACCAGCAGGGCAGUAUUGAUUCCACCAGGGAGAGCCUCAACAACCUGUGCAGAAAGUAUCCCUCUGAGGAGCUGUCUGCUUUGGGCUCUUCUCUCACUGACCUCAUCAAGACUUAUGAGUCUGUGAACCAGCUUUCUGCCAGGACCCUGAGCUCGCUGCAAAACUGCCUUCAGCAGCACUUCAGUGACCUUGUCCAGGAUUUUCAUUGCUGGCUUUCAGAACAACGGGAGAUUGUGAAAGAAUGCUCGGACCGAUCAGGAGACACACAAGUUGUGGAACGUAAACUACAGAAACUCAAGGGUGCCAUGGAUCGUGUAGAGGAGGGAGAAAUGCGACUCACUCAAGUUUGUGAAGAGGGAGAGAAGCUUCUUCUUCAUCUCCCUAAAGCCAGCUCUGGGCAGGUCCAGCAACACCUCUCCUCCAUCCAGCAGGACUGGGACAGCUUUGUGGAGCAGUGCAGGCAGAACCAACAGAUCCUUGAGGACAGCGCAUGCCUUAUGAAAGGGUUUGAGGGUCGCCUUAAGAAACUCAGGUGGUGGUUGGAGCAUAUGGAAAACAGGAUGACGACAGAUCUACGUGAAGCCAAACAGAGAGGUCAUGAAAAAGUUAUGCUUGACCAAGUGGAGGAAUACCUGCAGGAAGUUCUCAAAGAGAGAGAUUCGUUUGAGCGUCUCUGUCAGGAGGGACAGGCUCUAAACGAGGGUGGACGAGGGGACGAAAGUGAGACCAGAGUUUCAGCUCAGCUGCACUCACAGCACCAGGCGUUGUUGAGGCGUGUGAGGGAAAAGCUGCACAGUUGCCAGCUCACCUUACAGGAGCAACAAGCCUUUGAAGAGACUCUGCAGACCACUUGGUCCUGGCUUAAUGGUGUCCAGGAGCGUCUGGCUUCACUUAACAGCACCAUUGGCAACAAGGAAACUCUGGAAAAAAGACUUGGUCUUGUACAGGAUAUCCUGCUCAUGAAAGGUGAGGGGGAAGUAAAGCUCAACAUGGCAGUUGGAAAAGGAGAACAGGUUUUGAAGCACAGCAGAAUUGAGGGGCAGGAGACCAUCUGUUCACAGCUUCAAAGCCUGAAGGACUCAUGGGCCAACAUGCUAAUGAAUGCUAUGAGCUGCCACAGUCGUCUGGAGUGGACAGUGGCCCAGUGGUCCAGCUUCCAAGAAAAUAAGAGCCAACUGCAGCAGUGGAUGGAGUUGGUGGAGCAAGAAGUGGGGAUGACUCUGCCUCAGCAACCUGACCUUAAGAAGAAGUGCGCCUUACUGGAGCGACUGAGGGCCAUCCAGGCUGAUGUGGACACUCGUGCAGCAGUUCUGUCUCGCCUCACAGAGAGAGCUGUGGAGAUGCAGGAAAAAACUGGUGACCACACAUUUGGACCCGAGUCGAGGGCAGAGCUCAAUGCACGCUUUGCCGAUAUAUCCGCUGUUGUCAAGGGUAAAGUGCAGUCCAUGCAGAAAAUUGUGUCCGAGCACGAGCAGUACCUCGACGCUGUGAGAGACUUCGACGACUGGCUGGUUUCAGCAAAAGAGGAGCUUCAGCGGUGGUCCGACCUGUCAGGAGACUCGGCCAACAUUCAAAGAAAGCUCUCCAAAGUGCAGGAGCUGCUGGACUCCAAGCAGCGAGGCAGAGAGAGGCUGAGCCGUGUUCAAAGGUGUGGUGUCGUGGCCAGAGAUUUCACGAGUUCAGGAGGCUACGAGGCUUUGGAGCGAGAGGAAGCAACUCUUCUGUCCUCUUGGGAGCAGUGGGAACGCACGGCCCUACAGACACGCGCCAGUCUGGAAACGGCGCUCUCACAAAUAUCGAGCUCAGAACAGGAGUUCAGCAGCCUGUCGGCACAGCUGGAGCAGGCCCUGCAGGACUUCAGCUCUAAGCUGAAGGACUGUCGAACACGACUGACCCAAGCAGAGGGGAAAAGUGAUGGAGAGGAGGCUGUUAAAGGCUGGCAUUUAGCAAAGGAUACUUUAGAGGAGCUCAUCAAAGCCGAGGCCAUGUCUGAUCGUCUGAAGACUCAGCUCAACGAUUUGUGUCGAUUCUCCAGAGAAAUGGGUUCGCAGUCCGACAGAGUGUCUGCUCUUAUCAAGGAUUACAACAGCCUGAGUCUUCAAGCUACCAGAGAGUGCCAGAACAAAGAGAAAAUGCUGGACCAAGCGUUUCGCUCAGCUUUCAGAGAAUUCCAGCAGUGGCUGGUUAAUGCCAAGAUCAACACGGCCAAAUGCUUUGAUGCACCUCAAAAUCUCUCUGAGGCCUCGUCCAGUUUGCAGAAGAUUCAGGAGUUCCUCAGUGAUAAAGACCAAGGUCAGUCGAAGGUGAACGCUGUGGUUGUGAACGGUGAGCAUUUUUGCAGCAUUGCAGCCAAAGACAAAACUGAUGCAGUCCGGGUUAAAACAAAUGCUGCCAGAGAAGACUGGAAAAACAUCGUGUCUAGUCUGCACAACCGAGAGACAAGUCUGCAAAACCUCCUUUCUCAAAUGAAGGACUUUGAAGCGAGCGCUGAGCCUCUUCAGGAAUGUUUGAAUGCCACCGAGCUGACUGUGCAGGAGAGCAGCACGAGGCUUUACGAUCUCACGGCCAAGAAGCUUGAGCUUCACAAACUGCAGUCUGUGCUUGAGGAGUUGACCUCUCUCGAGGUUCAGCUGAGCAGACUUAAAGAGAAAGCCCAGCUGUUGUGGGACGAACACUCGGCCGGCAAGGGCUUUGCGCACCGUAUCUCGCAGCUCUCUGCUCAGUACCUAUCUUUAACCAACCUGACCAAGGAGAAGGCAUCUCGGAUAGAUCGGAUUGUUACCGAGCACCAGCUUUUCUCCCAAGGGUUAAAGGAGCUGCAGAACUGGAUGGUAGACACCAGCCAUAUGUUGCAGACGUACAGCACCCCCACCGCUGACAAAAACAUUCUUGACAGCAGAAUGAUAAAGCUGGAGGCUUUGCUGACUGCUCGACAGGAGAAGGAGAUCCAGCUGAAGAUGCUGAUCACAAGAGGAGAGUCGGUUCAGAGAAACACCUCCGCUGAGGGGGUGCCUCUAAUCCAUAAACAGAUACAGGACCUGAAGGACUCCUGGGAUGCCCUGCUCUCCGCUGCCAUUUUGUGCAAAAGCCAGCUGGAGCGUUCUCUGUCUCAGUGGACGAGCUACCAGGAGGACGUCUGUCAGUUUGUGGCUUGGAUUGAACAUAUUGAAGAGGACCUUGAGCUCUCAGACAAACAGUGCCCGGAAAUAAGAGAUAAAACUGCCAAUCUAAGCAAAGCGAAGCUUCUUUAUGAGGAUGUGCUCAGCCACAACUCUCUGCUGGAGACCAUCACUGUAAAAAGUGCUGGUAUCACCGAAAACUAUGUCACUCAGCUCGAGCUGCAAGAACUCCAGGAGCGUUACAACGCCGUCAAAGACAAUGCCAUGAGGGCUGUUGGCAAAGCAGAAGAUCUGGUAAAAGCCCAUCAAGAGUAUCAGCAGGACAUUCGUGCAUUUGAGGAGUGGCUGGAACAAGAGCAAGAGAAGCUCGGCUGUUACACACAGCUGGAGGGAGAUGUUGAUAUGCUGGAGGACACCAUCCAAAAACUGCAGGAGCUGCAGCUGCACUGCACAGAGGGUCAAGCUCUGCUGAACACCCUGCUGCUGAGCAGAGAGCCGGUCAUUCCCUGGGGUCUGCCCCAGAUCGAGGAGAGAGCGCUGGAAACCCUUCAGCAGGAGUGGAGGCUCUACCAGGCCCGGCUGGCCGAUUCCCGCGCUCAGCUCAACAGCGCUUUGGCCAAACUUCGACAGAUGGAGCAGAAGUUCCAGCGUCUCGACAGCUGGCUGAAAGCCAUGGAGACCAAAGCCCAACUGCGUUCUGAUCGCCGGUCGGAUCGUGACACCAAGAAUGCGCAACUUCAGAUGGUCAAGAGCUGGCAGGAGGAGGUGCUCGUUUAUCAGGAGGAGAUGGAGGGUCUGACACUUUUGGCUCAGCAGGUUCUAGAUGAGACUCACAUCAGCAGCCGGAUCAGUACCAGGGCCACACAGAUCACAGCCCGCUACCACGCCCUGCUUCUGCAUUUACUGGAAACGAUCAAACAGAUCCAGGAGGAGGUGUGUUUGAUUGAAGAAGCUCAGUGUGUCUUCAACACCUUCUCAGAGUGGCUCAGCACAGCCCAGAAUAACUUCAGCAGCGUGGCCAUACGUGUGGAUGUAGUUGAUCGCUUUGCUUUGGAGAGAAAGAUGAAGAAACUGGAGUCUCUUCAGGCCGACAUGGAGCAGGGUCACCUUUAUUUAAAGACCAUGAGGGAGAAGACUGAGCGAGUGAUGGCCUUCUUAGAGGAGCCUGAAGCAGAUCAGCUCAAGGAGGAGGUGGACAUCCAUCUUUUUCAGCUCGAGGAGUUAAUGGCAGCUUUGCGCACGGAGCACAGCUCUCUAGAGAAAUGUAUCUCCCUCUCCAAAGACUAUCUGGAUAAAUAUAAAUCCCAGUCCCAGUGGGUGGUGGAGACCAAGAACCUUUUAUCUUCAAGUCCGGAGCCUAAAGCUGAGCUAUAUCAGAAGAAGGCUCAGCUCGCAAAGUACAAGACGAUUCAACAGACCGUGAAGUCUCACGAGUCAGCAGUAAAAUCUGUGGUUGAAAAGGGAGAAGUGCUGCUGGAGGUGAUUCAUGAUCCCACCAUCAGUGAAAACAUGAAGAAGCUCCAGGCUGACUACCAAGACCUUUGUUUGGCUGCUCAGACGCACGUCCAGAACCUCGUGGAGUGGGUGAAGGAGCACGAGGAUUACAACAGUGAGCUGCAGGAAGUUGAAAAAUGGCUGCUACAGAUGUCCAGUAGGCUUGUAACCUCAGACUCUAUGCAGACCAGCAAUAUGGAGGUGGCUACUCAGCAACUUGCUCGACACAAGGCCAUAAUGGAGGAGAUAGCCAGUUUUGAGGAGCGUCUCAUCAGCUUGAAACAGAAGGGAGAAGGUCUCGUUGCCAGCUGUUCAGAGCAAGUUCAAGUUCAUGCCAAGAUUAGUCAACAAGUCCAGACUCACCUGCAGGGAACCAGAGACAGCUACUCUGCUAUCUGCAGCACCGCUCAGCGUGUCUACCAGAGUCUGGACCGGGAGUUGCAGAAACAUGUUAGCCAUCAGGACACACUGCAGCAGUGCCAGACCUGGCUCACAACAGUUCAAGAGGAGCUGCAGCUCAAUGAUCAGGGACCAUCGGGUCUGCAGGAAGCACUGAAGCAGGUGAAGCACUACAGAGCCCUUCAGGAGCAGGCCAGCACGUACCUGGACCUGGUGUGUUCUGUGUGUGACCUGUCUCAUGAUGCUGUGAGGGUCGCAGCUGCUGAGGUCCAGCAGAUCAAACUCAUGAUUGAAGAAAGGAUGUCCAGUGCACAAGUGCUCUCAGAAGUCUGGAGAGAGCUUAAAGAACAGAAACAAGAUCUGAGCAGCUUGUUUCAGGACAUGGAGCAGCAGCUUCUCACCCUCUCUAGAAGACCAGCAGAACUUGAGACCAAGAUUGCUCAGAACAUGUUGUUUCAAGCUAAGGAAUGCUGCCAGCAACUGCAAUCCAAACAGAGUACCCUCACCAAAAUGACUGAGACUGUGAACAGACUGACCGGUGGCCAGAAUACUCCAGAACAUGCAGAGCUGGACCAUCUGACCCAUUCCUGGCUCGAGCUCUGCCACCAGGCAAACAAGCUGCAGAGCCAGAGAGAGGAGGACCUGCAGAGGUCCAAAGAUUACCACGACUGCAUCGCUGCCGUGGAGGAGCUGUUCGAGAAGAUUAUACACGGGGAUGUGAUCAUGUAUCGUCAGAACGUGGAGAAAUUAGCUGAGCAACAACAAAGCAAGUAUCUGGACCUCUACACUAUACUCCCCUCUGAGAUCUCCAUGCAGUUAGCAGAAGUCUCUUUAGCACUGGGUGCUAUUGAAGAUCAGGUUCUUUCCAAAGAGAGAGAAAAUCAGAGAACCAGAGAAAUUAAGGAAGACUUCAGCUCCAGAAUCCACGACAUGUCAGAGAAACUAAAGAAGAUCUCAAAUAAAUUCAAGGACAAAUCACCAGAUCUUGACCAUGCCAAAGAAGAGGUCAAGAGUCUUCUGGAGGAUUUGGACUCCUGCGGUCGCUCGCUCUCAGAUCUUGACGCUGCCGUACAAGAGUUCAGUCGCAGAAACCCGCUGCUGGCCAAACAGCUGAGUGAUGCUAUAAACAAGAUGUCGGAGAUGCACCACCACACAAGUCGAUUAGCAGACUGCAGGAACAACUGGCUCAAAAAGGCUGUUUGCUAUUUAGAUGAGUAUAACGAGAUGCUGGACUUUAUUGUGAGAUGGUGUGAGAAAGCUAAAAGCCUGGUGAGGGCAAACAUCAUCUGGAACUCCUCUGUUCAUCUGCAGGAGCAGAUACGAAUGUACCAGGCUGUUUUCCGUGAGUCCCGAGAGCUCCACGGAGACCUUGAAUCGAUGGCAGAGAAGGUAGAACUUCUGUCUGAGGUGCUGCAGGUUGAGUCGAUGAGCCGGGAGGUUUGUGACCUCAGUCGGCACACGGAUGAGCUUCAGCAGAGCAUCAAAACUCGACUGCAGAGCCUGCAGGACGCACACAAGAGUAUGGAAGCUCUGGAGUUUGAAGUUAAGGCCCUGCAUGUUGCCUUGGAGCAGGUCCAAGCCACACUGACCUCACCAGAGUUGGCCCGCCAGAGCCUCAAAGAACAGCUGGCUCAGAGACAGCGUCUCUUGGCAGAUAUGGAGAGCUUCAAGCAGCAGGUGCAGGCGGUGCAGCUGUGCCAGAGCGCGCUGCAGGUUCCUGAAGAAGUGAUGCCCGACCUCUCAAUCUGCCGCACGGCUCUGCGCCUGCAGCAAGAAGCCAGCCAGUUGCAGCAUGUUGCGAUACAGCAGUGCAACAUCCUGCAGGAGGCUGUGGUUCAGUACGAGCAAUAUGAGCAGGAGGUGAAGGACCUGCAGGGGCGGAUAGAGGAAGCACACCGGGUCAUUCAGGACCGACCGAUCCCCAGCAGUAACAUUCAGGAGCUGCAAGCCCAGAUUCUCCACCACGAGGAACUUGCUCAGAGGAUUAAGGGCUACCAGGAGCAAAUAGCUUCACUAAAUUCAAAAUGCAAAAUGCUAGCAGUGAAGGCCAAGCAUGCCACCAUGCUGCUGACGGUGAGCGACGUCGAGGGACUUCCUGAAGGCCUGGACGAAAUGGACAGAGAGAAAUCUAAGAAGUCUUCAGCACAAUUUGUCACAAUGACGGCUGGCCGCUGUCACACUCUGUUAUCACCGGUCACUGAGGAGUCUGGGGAGGAGACUACAAACAGUGAGGUCUCCUUCUCUCCUCUGUGCCGUUCUCCUUCUCCUGUCGCUCACUCUGAAGGCGCUAAUGCCAAGAUGGGACGUGAAACUCUAACGAGAGCUCCAAUCCAAGAGUUGUACGACCCAACAUUUGAGUCUGUGGCCAACUUGGAUGACUUGCAGCGCUCGUGGGAGACUUUAAAGAAUGUGAUCAGUGAGAAGCAGAGGUCUUUGUAUGAAGCUCUAGAGAAGCAGCAACAUUACCAGAGUGCUCUCCAGUCCAUCUCCUCAAAAAUGGAGGCGCUGGAGGCUAAACUCAGUGAGCCCUUCGAGGCAGAUAGAAGCCCAGACAGCCACAUGACGGCACAUGAGGGCCUCAUACAGGAGAUUCAGCGCGUGCAGGAAGAAAUCGACAAGCUGCAGACGAGUUUCUCGGAGGAUGUGACUGCUGAUGUUGUGGACUCGGACAGGGUGGAGCAGCUGGCCAUGCAGUCCUCGCUCUCUGUGUUGGCUGAACGGAUGGCCACCAUUUACAUGAAAGCUUCGGGGAAACAACAACAGCUGGAGGACCGUGCCACUGACCGUCUGGAGACUCAGCUUCAGCAACAAGCCAUUCAGACCUUUCACGCUGAAGCAGAGGAACUGGAUCAGUGGCUGGCUGGAAUGCACCGUUCUGUAACGAGCAUCCUGGAAGCCAAACCUGCGGAGGAGACUGAUGAGAAGGACCAGCUCUCUGAAUGUCAGAACAUGCUGCUGGAGAUUGAAGAAAAAGUGUCAGCCCUGUCAGAGCUGUCUCUGCACAGCGAGACCCUGCUGCUGGAGGGCCGGACACACACCAGGGGGGAGGCUGAGCGCUUGGCUGCCAAGUUACACACACUGAAGAGUGGUUUAUUGGAAUUACAGAGAAUGCUGCAAGACAAACAGCUUAACCUCCAGGGUUCUCUACAGGAGCCAGAAGAUAGUGGAUCUGAGUCCAGUCUCUCUCAGAGUCCCAGUGUGCAGGACUGGCUGGCCCAGGCUCGGACCACACGAACUCAACAGCAGGAAGACAGUCUUCAGAGACAGAAGGAGUUGGAGGAGCAGCUUGCUGAACAGAAAAAGCUGCUUCAGUCCGUUGCUAGCAGAGGAGAGGAGAUUCUGAUCCAGCAGGCCUCACCCGGCAGUACCAGUGCAACAGAACCCUUUUCACCUAAAGCUUUGUCGGAGGCAGGACGAGAACAGAUGAGGCAGAGGUGGGAGAGUCUCAGACUGGAGCUCAAAACUAAACUGCAGCUUCUACAAAAAACUCUGGAGCAGGACCAAAGUCAGCAGAUUUUUACCAGAGCUUCUCGAGUUACUACAGCCGGGUCGCUGUUUAAAGGGGACGCCCAAGACGACAAAUGCUCUUUGAAGACUCUUUAUGAUGGCUUCAGACAGACAGUUGAAGAUAUGACCACUCAGCCUGGUGUAGGAGGUGAAACUCAGGCAGCUCAAAUGGAGCAGCAACUCUACACAGCCGUCUCGUCCACGUCCUCUUGGCUUGAUGGCGUCGAGAACAACGUCCUCUCCGGCUCAGUGCUCCCUGAAAACGCAGAAACCCAGCUACAAAAUCAAGAGAUCCUGGAGAACGAUGUGAAGCACGUGGUUGAGGAGGUGAAGCUCAGCCAGGCUGUGCUCGCUGGCUCUUCAGGGUUUAAAGAUGAAGACCGAGUCCUGCUGGAGGACAAUCUGGACUGUCUGAAAGGGAGACUAGCAGCUCUUGGAGGAGCUCUGGGUCAACGGCUUGACCACAUGAGGACCAGAGCACAUGAACUCACCAGCUACCAGACUGACUUGCAGCUACUCCAGACUGAUUUGAUUGAGACCAAAUGCCAGAUUCUUCAAGCCUUAGCUGCAGCGAUGGAUAAACCUGUGUCAAAACAACUUGAGGUCAUUUCCAGUGCCGAGGAGAGCUUGAAAGAUUUUGAACAUAGAAUCAUGGAGCUCAAAGCCAGAGGAGCAGCUCUACAGGCCGAUCAGAUGUCAACAAACAAAAUGCUAAAACUCCAGGAUUCCUACGAGGAGUUAAUGAUGAUGGUGGGCUCUAGACGCAGUGGGAUGAACCAGAGCGUGGCUCUGAAGGAACAGUACGAACGGGCUCUACAGGACCUGAGAGACCUGGUCGACACAGCCAAAGACAAAACGUCUGCCGAUCAAAGACUUGUUGUCAGCUCUAUGGAGGAAGUUCAAAAUCACCUUGACAAACAUAAGGAGUUUUUUCAGGGUUUGGAGUCUCACAUGAUUCUAACAGAAACUUACUUCAGAAAGAUCAGCGGUCUCCUGCUUCCAAAAGAGUGUCAAGCGUUGGAAAAGACGUUGGCUGACGUUCGGAGCGUCCUGAAAGAGGCACACGGUAAAGGAGUGAAGCUGGAAAGUAUCCUGCAGACUUGGAGUCGUUUGAUGCAGGACUACCAGAGUCUGAACCGGCAGCUGGAAGCAGUCGAAGAGAAUGUUCCCUCUGUUGGUUUAAUGGAAGAGGAUGAAGAUAGGUUGAUGGACCGAAUCUCUUUGUAUCAGGGUCUGAAGGGAAGACUGGCAGAGCACCAGCACAAGCUCCAUCAGGUACUGGAUGAGGGGAAGCAUCUAUUACAGUCUGUUUGCUGUCCUGCUCUGGAGAAUCAGCUCUCACUGCUGGGGGAACACUGGCUCAACAACACGUCCAAGGUCAACAAAGAGCUACAGCGUCUCGAGGCCACCUUAAAGCACUGGACCAGGUAUCAAAAGGAGUGUGUAGAGAUUAGUGGAUGGCUGCAGUCUGCUCUGGAGCGUCUGGAGUUUUGGAACACGCAGGCGGUGUUGGUCCCACAGGAGCUGGAAAGUGUCAGAGACCAUCUCUCGGCUUUCCUGGAGUUUUCAAAAGAAGUGGAGGGAAGGUCGAACCUGAAGAGCUCAGUGGUGUCUGAGGGCAACCAGCUGCUGCGACUGAAGAAAGUAGACACCUUGGUUUUGCGCUCUGACCUGGCACGCAUUGACAGUCAGUGGACUGAGCUGCUCACACGCAUCCCGGUUGUUCAAGAGAAGCUGCAUCAGAUCCAAAUGGAAAAGUUGGCUUCUCGUCAUGCCAUCUCGGAGCUGUUCAACUGGAUAUCGCUGAUGGAGAAUGUCAUUGAGGAAGAUGAAGAAAAUCUCCAGAGUGCUGUGGGAUCAAACGUAAUUCAGGACUACUUGCAAAAAUACAAGGGAUUCAGAGUAGAUUUAAGUUGUAAGCAGCUGACUGUGGACUUUGUCAACCAGUCGGUUCUGCAAAUCAGUGGUCAAGACGUGGAGAGCAAGCGCAGUGAUAAAACAGACUUUGCCGAGCGUCUGGGAGCCAUGAACCGACGCUGGCAGCUUCUACAAGGUCGCACCAAUGAAAGGAUCCAGUUUCUGGAGAGCCUGUUGAAGAUGUGGCUGGAGUACGAGAGCAGUGUUCAGGUGCUGAAGUCCUGGAUGGCAGCUCAGGAAGAAAGGUUAAAGAGAAAACCCCGGAUCGAGGAUCUAACAUCGGUACAGAAUGCUCUCAAAAACUGCCAGGAAAUGGAAGCGUUGUUGAAAGAAAAAGAAAAAGACCUAGAAAGAGUUGAGGAACAGGGCUGUGCCCUGGUUCAGAACAAGACCGACGAGGCCUGUGCUAUAGUCAUGGAGACCCUCCAAAGUGUCAACCACACCUGGGCUAACCUGGACCACUUGAUAGGACAAUUAAAGAUAAGUCUGACAUCUGUGCUGGAUCAGUGGAGUCUGUACAAACGAGCUUCAGAAGAGAUCAGUGGCUAUCUGAUGGAGGGCAGGUACUCUGUAUCACGUUUCCGCCUCCUCACGGGCUCCCUGGAGGCAGUUCAGCAGCAAGUGCAAAGUCUGCAGGACUUGCAAGAGGGUCUGGAGAAACAGGAAAGCAGUUUGAGAAAGUUUGGUGCCGUCACCCAGCAACUUCUGAGGGAGUGUCACCCUUCAGUGUCCGACUCUCUCAACAGUGCCCUCAAGGACGUCAAUGCAAGAUGGAAUGGGUUACUGGAGGAAAUAGCAGAGCGUCUGAGAAGCAGCAAGGCCUUGCUUCAGCUGUGGCAGCGCUACAAAGAGCUUUAUGAGCAGAGCUGCAGCAGCAUCCAGCUGCAAGAAGACCGAGCAAACCAGCUCCUGAAAAGCACCUGCAGCAAAGACAUGGCUGACGAGGACGUCACCAGCUGGAUCCAAGAGUGCAGCGAGCUGCUACGGUCACAAGUUCCAGUGCAGGCCUCUCUUCAAAUCCUCCAGGAGCUGGGAGAGCAGCUGAAACAGCAGGUGGACACGUCGGCAGCAUCUGCUGUCCAGUCAGACCACCUUUCUCUCAGGCAGAGGCUGUCUGGGGUGGAACAAGCUCUGAACAGACAGCUUACCACCCUGCAGACUGGAGUUCAGGACUUUGAAACCUUUAAUAAACAGCUGGAGUCACUGGCUUCCUGGGUCGUUGAAGCUGAGGAAGUUCUGAGGAUGCAAGAUCCCAACGGCUGCACUGACCUCACUGUCAUCCAGGAACGCAUGGAGGAGCUGAAGAAGCUCAUGUUGAAAUUUAGCUGCAUGGCCCCUGAAUUGGAGCAUCUCAAUGAGCUUGGCUACAAACUCCCCCUCAACGAUUCAGAGAUCAAACGCAUGCAGAACCUGAACAGAAGUUGGUCCUCAGCUUCAGCACAAACCACAGAGAGAUUCAGCAAAAUUCAGUCGUUCUUGCUGCAGCAGCAGACCUUCCUUGAAAAGUGUGAGACAUGGAUGGACUUCCUGGUCCAAACAGAAGACAAUCUAGCUGUGGAAAUCUCUGGGAACUACCAGAGUUUGAUGGAGCAGCAAAAAGCCCACGAGUUAUUCCAAGCUGAAAUGUUCAGUCGGCAGCAGAUCCUCCACUCUAUCAUCAGUGACGGACAGAAGAUGUUGGAACAAGGCCAAGUAGAUGACAGAGACGAGUUCAACAUGAAGCUGGCUCUUCUGAGUAACCAGUGGCAGGGCGUGGUGAGGCGAUCUCAGCAGAGGCGAGGGAUCAUCGACGGUCUCAUCCGUCAGUGGCAGCAGUACAGAGAAAUGGUGGAGAAGCUGCACAAAUGGCUCUCAGAAGUUUCCCACCCACUAGAGGCACUUCAAGCAGAGAGUACUAUUCCUUUGCAACAAGCUCGCUCCAUGCUCGAUGCUGUCCAGCUGAAGGAAAAGGUGCUGCAGCGACAGCAGGGCAGCUACAUCCUGACAGUUGAAGCUGGCAGACAGCUGCUCCUGUCGACGGACAGCCCGGCUGAGACGGCUCUGCAGGCAGAGCUGAGCGAGAUCCAGAACCGAUGGAAACGAGCCAACACCUGCCUGGAGGAACACAAGAGAGCACUCAGAACACUGUUAAAGGACUGGGAGGGCUGCGAGAGGGGAAUUGCUGGAUCGCUGGAAAAACUACGAGCCUUUAAACGGCAGCUGUCUCAACCUCUUCCUGAUCACCAUGAAGAUCUGCAGGUGGAGCAGCUGCGCUGCAAGGAUCUGGAGAGCACGUGUGAAGGCUGGACUGGGGAUUUGGCUCAUUUGACUCUACUGAGAGAGUCACUGUCUUGCUACAUCAGCUCUGAGGACCUCACCGUUCUGCAGGAACGGGUUGAACUUCUGCAUCAGCAGUGGGAUGAAAUCAUCCACCAGCUGUCACUGCGCAGACAGCAGGUGGGUGACAAACUGAACGAGUGGACGGUCUUCAACGACAAGUACAAGGAACUCUGUGAGUGGCUCACCAGAAUGGAGAGCAAGGUGUCCCAGAAUGGAGACAUUAGCAUUGAGGAGAUGAUCGAAAAGCUCCGCAAGGACUACCAGGAGGAGAUAACAGUGGCAGAGGAGAACAAGCAGCAUUUGCAUCGGCUCGGAGAGCGCCUUGCCAGAGCCAGCAACCCGAGCAAAGCCGCUGACAUCGAGCAGAAGCUCUCCAAAGUCAACGACCGCUGGCAGCACCUGCUGGACCUUAUUGGAGCCAGAGCGAAGAAGCUGAGAGAAACUCUAGUGGCCGUGCAGCAGCUGGAUAAAAACAUGAGCAGCCUGCGCUCUUGGCUCGCCCACGUUGAGACCGAGCUGUCCAAGCCCGUUGCCUACGAAUCGUGUGACUUCCAGGAGAUUCAAAGGAUGCUCGACCUGCAGCAGGAGCUCCAGCGGGACAUCGAGAAGCACAGUACAGGAGUAGCGUCUGUGCUGAACUUGUGCGAGGUGCUUCUCCACGACUGCGACGCCUGCGCCACCGACACAGAGUGCGACUCCAUCCAGCAGGCGACGCGCAGCCUUGACCGCCGCUGGAGGAGCAUAUGUGCCUUGUCUAUGGAGAGGAGACUGAAGAUCGAGGAGACGUGGCGUUUAUGGCAGAAAUUUUUAGAUGACUUUGCACGUUUUGAGGAGUGGCUGUCCACCUCAGAGAAGACUGCCGCUCUGCCCAACUCCUCUGGUGUGCUGUACACAGUAGCCAAGGAAGAAUUAAAGAAAUUUGAGACCUUCCAAAGACAAGUUCAGGAAAGUUUGACGCAGCUGGAGUUAAUCAACAAGCAGUACCGCCGCUUGGCCAGAGAAAACCGUACGGACUCUUCCUGUCGUCUGAGGGAGAUGGCUCACGAGGCCAACCAGCGAUGGGACAACCUGCAGAAACGAGUGGCAUCCAUCCUUCGCAGACUCAAGCACUUCAUCAGUCAGAGAGAGGAGUUUGAGACAGCCAGAGAUGGUAUUUUAGUCUGGCUGACAGAAAUGGACCUUCAGCUUACCAACAUCGAGCAUUUCUCCGAGUGUGACAUUCAAGCCAAGAUCAAACAACUCAGGUCGUUCCAGCAGGAGAUUUCUCUGACGACAGCCAAGAUCGAGCACAUAUUCCACCAGGGCGAGGCACUGAUCGAGAAGAGCGAGCCCAUGGAUGCUGCUGUUAUAGAGGAAGAGUUGGAGGAACUUCAGCGUUACUGUCAGGAAGUGUUCGGUCGAGUCGAGCGCUACUACAAAAAACUCAUCCGCCUUCCGCUUGCAGACGAUGAUACUGAAGUGUCGUUCUCUGACCGUGAGCUUGAUCUGGACGAGCCUGGAGAUUUGUCCAGCCUGCCGUGGAAUGAGCGUUUGGGGGACGGUUUAUUGUCUCCUCUGCCCUCCUCUGGUCGUUCGGCCUCCCUGGCCGUGCAGCUCCGCGCUGAGCGCUCCGGCAGGGACACACCUGCCAGCGUGGACUCCAUUCCCCUGGAGUGGGACCAUGACUACGACCUGAGCCGGGGUCUCGAGAGCGCCAGCAGAGCCCUCCGAGAGCAGCAGAGCGAGGAGGGGGACUUCCUCCAGCGCCCCGCCUCAGACUUGUCAGGAGAGACCGCCUCUGCAGAUUCUCACGUUCAUCCUUUUGACAUCAGUCGUUCUCACCUCCAACAACUGGACACGAGCUGCAGCCGCACUCCCACAAGUUCGGACGUGGAUGCAUCAUAUAUGGGCUAUUUGCGAUUGCUGGGUGAGUGCCGCGGCAGCAUCGACACAGUCAAGAGGGUGGGCUCUGAGCUGAAGGAGGAAGAGGAUACUGUAUCAGGACUGGCCGAUCCUAGCAGCUCAGAGUCCCAGACGUCAGGUGUGAUCGAGCGCUGGGAGCUCCUGCAGGCUCAGGACCUCAGUAAAGAGAUACGCACAAAGGAGAGCGAGCAGCAGUGGCAGCAGCUGAACUCUGACCUGAACAACAUCUGGACUUGGUUAGGAGAGACAGAGGAAGAUCUGGGGCAGCAGCAGAGCCUGGACGUCAGCACGGACAUCCAGACCAUUGAGCUUCGCAUUAAGAAACUUAAGGAAUUGCAGAAAGCAUACGACAAGCGCAAAGCCAUUGCGCUUUCCAUCAACUUGUGCAGUACUGAUUUUCUGCAGUCAGGCGGAGAAGACACCCGGCAGCUGCAGGCCAGACUGAAAGACAUGAAUAACCUCUGGGACAAGCUGGGCAGCUCUUUGGAGAAGUGGAGGUCUUCAUUACAGGAAGCUCUCAUGCAGUGCCAAGAGUUUCAUGAAAUGAGUCACGGUCUGCUGCUCUGGUUGGAAAACAUUGACCGUAGAAGGAACGAGGUGGUUCCCAUCGAUCCAAUCCAAGACACUGUUACUCUCCAUGAGCAUCAUAAGACUCUGACGCAAAUCCGGCAGGAGUUGUUGGACUCUCAGCUUAAAGUGGCCUCACUACAGGACAUGUCCCUCCAGCUGCUCGUCAACUCUCAGGGCAGUGACUGCCUGGAGGCCAAAGAGAAGGUUCACGUCAUCGGGAACCGCCUCAAACUGCUGCUAAAAGAAGUGACCCGAGACCUCCGGGAGCUGGCUAAAGUUCUGGACAUCACGAGCAGUCAACAGGAUCUGUCUUCCUGGUCGUCAGCUGAUGAGCUGGACACGUCUGGUUCUCUCAGUCCGGUAUCAGGAAGGAGUACGCCGAGUCGCCAGCGAUCGCAACGGGGCAAAUGUAGUCUGUCACAGCCUGGACCGUCUGUGAGCAGUCCACACCUCAGGUACAUUUCUGUUGGUUUCUAG